AUGUCGAAGAUGUUGAUUUUUAGUUAUUCAAUGUUGUUGCUGGUUUCAACAGGCUUCAAAGCAUGUCUGGCAGAGGUUUCACCUGAUGUGUUGUUUACAACCAGCGGUGCAUGGGUCAGUUGGUCCAGGGAAGGUUGUGCAAGUAAUGUUUGGAUGGCAACAGAAGUUCAGAGUUCAAAAUUUAAACAGAAUUUUACUGCAGUUAAAGAAGCAGCUGGAACAUUUAUGUGCUACACAGACAAUAACAUAGUGAAACUUCUCAUUGUUAAAGACAAAGAUUUGGAGAUGGUCAUAACUCCAGAGACUUUAAUGGAUGGGCAGAACAUGACAAUCGACAUUUCUGGCAGCUAUUACAUGGGUGCUUCACAAGCCUCUCCAAACACAAUUACGAUAUUCAAUGGAGAGGAUCCGAUUGGUUCCUUCGAAGCUGAUUUCAAUGUUGUUUCAAAAUUAACGUCAUUUUAUAUUAGUACAACUCUUCCAGCUGAUUACAGAGCCACAAACAACUUCAAGUACGUGUGGUCUUUUAAGAAAAAUUCAGAUCUAGCAUUAUAUGAAGCAAGAUUCAAUUACACCAAACCAGUUAAAGUUUACAAGCCUGUUACAGAUGUUAAACUCAACAGCACUCAUACAUGCGUCGAUCGUUCGAUAACUUGCAACGGGGUUGGAGUGCCACUGCCAACAUAUAGCAUCUCAUGCAUUCCACAAGAUGAUGAUGGAAGUAGUAGCAGCAGCAACAGUCCUGUCACAUCAGGCAAUCAGAUCCCCAAACCUGAAGACCCGGAUAAAUAUAAGAAAAUCGGUCUGGGCAUUGGAAUUACGAUUGGGAUAAUAAUCCUCAUCGUCAAUCUCACAGCGGUCGUCUUGUGCUUACGGAAUAGUUAA